AUGGAAGAGCAAACUAUAGAUGAUUUGACAGAAGACCUGGUUCUUCAGUGUCUUGCUCGUCUUCACUACAAGGACAUACUUUCCGCAUCGUGGGUCUGUCGUAAAUGGCGUCGUCUUCUACAAACUCGUCAUUUUUACAUGAUCAGGAAACAACUAGGAUAUACGAAUCAACUCGCUUGCUUUCUUCACCAUACUCGUUCUUCGCCACCCGAUUCUAAUUCAAUUGCUAGCGCCGAAGGAAAAAUUGUUUUGAUUUGCGAUGGUCGUGGUGACCUGGCGACUUCCUUGUUCGUGUGGGACUUUGUGACUCGGCGAUGUUGGAAAGGCAAGGACUUGCCGACAAUUUGGUCAUUCUUCUUCGCGGUGGGUUUUGAUAGUCAGAUAUUCAUCGUAGUUUACAAAGGUAAUAAAUCCAACUCGGUUUGGGCGUAUGAUAUGAGGAAGGACGAGUGGACUGAGUUGCCUCAGAUGAGUCAAAAGAUAAGUUGGUGUCAUGAGUUGAAGGUAAUUGGAGACGAAUUAUGUGUUUUAAAUGGUUGCAACACAAAACACAUUAAUGAACAUUGUGCAGAGGUAUACCAUUUUCAAACUGGAAAAUGGAGACUAGUUGAACGGGAUUUGGAACAAACUAUUGAUUCCUCGAGUCCUUAUUGCUACACUACGUUUGAUUUUCAUGAAUUGCGAAAGGAGUUGCCAGAGUUGAAAUCGAAGUUCAUAUCACACUUUUCUCGAGUCGAAUUGGGUGCAGAAAGUUUAGUAAUGGUCACAGCCGUCCAAAACAGCAGACAUGAUUGGGAAGAAAUAUUAUUUAUGCGGUCUCAAUAUGGUAAGUGUAACGAAGGGUCUGUCUAA